UCUCUCUCUCUCUCUCUCUCUCCUCUCUCUCUGUAAGAUCCCUACUCUCCCUCUACUUCUCUUGGCAGCCAGAGAGAGAGAGUACCACCUUCAUCUCUCUCAAUUCUCACCAAAAAAAAAAAAAAUUCAAAGAUGUUGCAAGACAUGUGGAAUGCUCCCCCUGGUUUCAGACCCACAAAAUCUGCACCUUCGUCUCCAGCCAAGCCUCUCGCGGUCUCCAGAACUCGCUCUGGGUCCUUCCAUAUCACCCACAAAGUCCCAGUCGGUGACACACCUUAUGUCAGAGCCAAAAAUGUUCAGUUAGUAGAUAAGGAUCCGGAAAAGGCAAUACCACUGUUCUGGGCAGCAAUUAAUGCAGGAGAUAGAGUGGAUAGUGCUCUGAAAGAUAUGGCUAUUGUAAUGAAGCAACAGAACAGGGCUGAAGAAGCCAUUGAAGCCAUUAAAUCACUGAGAAAUCGGUGUUCGGAGCAAGCCCAAGAGUCUCUUGAUAACAUCCUUCUUGAUCUGUACAAGAGAUGUGGGAGAUUGGAUGACCAAAUUGGGUUGUUGAGGCACAAAUUGUUCUUGAUUCAACAAGGGAUGGCUUUCAAUGGGAAGCGAACGAAGACAGCGCGAUCCCAAGGGAAGAAAUUUCAGGUCUCUGUGGAGCAAGAAGCUACUAGAUUACUGGGGAACUUGGGAUGGGCAUUGAUGCAGCAGAACAACUACAUCGAAGCUGAAGAUGCUUAUCGCAGAGCAUUAUUGAUUGCGCCAGACAAUAACAAGAUGUGCAAUUUGGGUAUUUGCUUGAUGAAGCAAGGGAGAAUUGGCGAAGCGAAGGAGACUCUUCGGAGAGUGAAACCAGCAGCCAUGGAUGGCCCAAGAGGUGUGGACUCCCACCUCAAGGCCUAUGAGAGGGCACAGCAAAUGCUUGGAGAUUUGGAGUCUGAAAUGAUGAAUAAGGGCGGUGAUCGGGUUGAACAGCGCAAGUUGUUCGAUGCAUUGCUGGGUUCUUCCUCAAUUUGGCAGCCUCAGCCUUGCAAGGAACAUUCAACGACAACGAAUUCAUUCAAGCCCCAAGAUGAAUUUGCCGAUGAGAACGUCAAUUCGAACAUAAUAGCGAAUCCAGUGGCUUUUCCUGGGCAAAAAAGUGUCAAACAACUGUUUCCCCCACAAGGGAACACGCUGAAUAUUGAUGCCCCGCCAUUCUAUGUAUCGAAAUUUAUGAAGGAUCAUACAGUGGAGAACCAAUUUCAUGAGAGACUUAAGAGAACAAGGUCUGGAAAUGCAGCUAACUCAAUCAGAGGGAAUGACAUAGGUGAGUUUUGGAAGCCUUUUAUGGAGGAGGAACCAGAGAAUAAGACAAGAAGGCGAUCAAUUUCGCCGGGGAAGGCAGGGGAGAGAUGGGCAGAGGUGUUGCCUGAUAGCAAGGACUUUGAAGAGGCUAUUUUGGCAGCAGUUUUGGGUUCUUCGAGUAAUGAAACGGAGAAGACGGUGCUGGGAACAACAAACAAGGACAGCAUUGGAGUAGUUCAGAGAAAGAUUGACAAGAGGCUGCAGGUUUUUCAAGAUAUAACACUAUCUUUGAGUCCAAGGGCCUGACAGAUAUAUAUUUAUUUAUUUUAUUAAUAUAAUCAUAAAAUAACUAAUUUAUUAAUGUUAUUUUCUAAUUUUGUCAUAGUUUUAGAUUGGAGAUGAACUUGUUCUCCGCAACCUCUCUUCUAUAGUGGUUGUAGUAUUAGCAUUGGGUUAGCAAUUGGGGGUAGCUGUUGGUGGUUUGUCCCAUUCAACAGAAAUCAUAUGGGUCUCUAUUUUGUUCAUGUUUGCCUCUCCAAAGGGCUGUAAUAAUUAUUUGAAAUGUGGUAUUUUUGAAUAAUAGAUACACUUUCCUGUUAUCAUGAAU